UGAGCCACUGCCUUUCAGUAGCUCAGCUGGACUGUGUUCUCGCCAUGUUCUUCCACGGUGAACUGGUACUAGUGAUACUCGCCCUGACUCUUGAUGGUCAAGUUCAUACAGGGAAAAUAAUUGGAGGUCACGAGGCUGUGGCACACAGCAGGCCCUACAUGGUGCUUUUGGAGCGGCACAUGCAGGGUGGUAAAAUAAAAUACUGCGGUGGCUUCCUUCUGAAUGAGGAUUUUGUGAUGACUGCAGCCCACUGCCAAGGCAGGUCCUACAAAGCCCUACUGGGAGUUCAUGAUCUCCGUGACAAGAAUGGAGUACAGACUAUACCUGUGGAACAAACAUUUCCACGCAAAGACUACAAUGAAACCAAUUAUAAAAAUGACAUAAUGCUACUGAAGUUGAGCUCCAAGGCAAAGUUCACUGACGGAGUGAAACCCAUUGCUCUCGCAGGCCAGGGUGAUGGCUUACAGCCAAAAUCAUGUAUAGUCUCCGGCUGGGGAAAAACAGACGAGAACAUAACUUACAUGUCUUUCAAACUCAUGGAAGUCAAUGUUACACUAAUUAACAAUCCACAUUGUGUUCUGGAUAAUGUGUACUGCUCUGAGGGAAGGAUUGGACCGAACCAUGGAGACUCUGGUGGUCCACUGGUCUGUGAAGAUGGAAAGGCAUACGGGGUGACGUCCAACAUCUUCAAACCAGCCUCAGGUGGCCCGCAAAUCAAUUGUUAUGCUAAGAUUCCUGACUACAGAAGCUGGGUCGAUUUGACUAUGACAUAUGUGUGAAAAAGCUCUGGUACAUGUAACAGUUGAUCGAUCAAAUCACAACAUUUGAAUUUACUAAGGACCUGAUAAUUCAGAUGCUAUCAUCAUGACUUAUUCCACAGCAAUAAGACUGCCAGACCAAAGUCUGGACUUGCUUGCUUUACACAGAUUUAAUGAAAAUGUGCUUCGCUUUGAUGUUUCCAAAUGACACAAAUUACAUUUUUGUUUGACAAGUUGAGUCAAAAGACUGCAAAUAUAUAAAUAUCAUUUAUUCAUUACGGUGACAUGUUUUGGCGUUUAUGGUAGAGCUGUUUUUUUGUCUGCUCCCGGGGGCUAGGAACUUAACAACUACAUGUUUUGUCAAUAAACUUUUGAUUAUUCUCAACAAAUUUAAACCACACACAUGCAGGUUUUUUUCAGGGCUAGACUGUAACACGGCAAUCACUGCAUGCAAUUUAAGUUUGGCUUAAAAUCAGAUCAUCAUUUAAAUGCAGACUUAAUGCUGCCUAAUAGAUGUACUGCAAUACUGUAUAUCAUUCUGCUGUGAAAUAAAACUUUAUAUACAUUAAA